CACCAUCAACAGCAGAACUAUCAUCCGCCCUCGACUCUUGCUGAUAGGAUACUGAUGGAUCGCUUAAAAAUAUGGUCUCCUGUCCAAUCUGCGGCAAAUCGGUAAAACAAUCCAACAUCAACAACCACAUUGACUCGAACUGUAUCGAAGACGUCGAACAAGAGAACACUUCUAUUCCGUCCACGUCCGCUCUUGCUGCUGCACCCGUAUCUUCCUUUUUCAAGACUCCCUCUUCUUCUUCGAAACGUGGUGAUCGCGGCGAUGCCUUUUUCAGCUCAAGUCAACCGGCUCCCUCAUUUCCACCGAGUCUCGCCGCUGUCCUCCGUGCUCCUCCACCACCACCACCAUCAUCCUCCGUAAAACGAUCCUUUGACAAUCAUACGUUUACAUCUACACAGCCCACACAACAGCAGCAGCAGCAGCAGAAUGGAAAACAUGAACAGCACAAUGUUCAGACCACAAACGACCAUGACGUUCCUCCACAACAACCGCCCCUCAAGAGAUCCAAACCGUCGGCCGGCUCCCACGACAGGGCCGCACCUCUCGCGGAACGUAUGCGCCCACGCACCCUCACGUCCAUACUUGGUCAAGACCUCGUCGGUCCCUCCGGCGUGCUCACGUCCUUGAUCCAGCAGGACCGCGUGCCCAGCAUGAUCCUCUGGGGCGCGAGCGGCACGGGCAAAACCACCAUCGCCCGCGUGAUAGCCAGCAUGGUAGGGUCCCGCUUCGUCGAGAUCAACAGUACAUCCUCGGGUGUGGCGGAAUGUAAAAAGAUAUUCGCAGAGGCCAAGAGCGAAUUGGGCCUGACGGGUCGCAAGACCAUUAUUUUUUGUGACGAGAUCCACCGGUUCAGCAAGUCCCAGCAGGACGUGUUCUUGGGUCCCGUCGAGGCAGGCACCGUGACGUUGAUCGGCGCCACGACGGAGAACCCCAGUUUCCGCGUCCAGGGGGCGCUGUUGAGUCGGUGCAGGGUGUUUGUGUUGAAGAAAUUGGAACAAGAUGAUAUCCUUGAGAUUUUGAAGCGGGCCGUACAGCAGGAGGGCGAGAAGUAUGGGGUAUCACUUUCCUCCCAGUCACCACCAUCGACGUCGGACGGUGGCGAUUCCAACACGAAUGUCACAAACGGGCACGGUCACGACCACGGUGACCUCACGCCCCCAGGAGCCGGAGGAGGAAUCGAAACGGACGGAAUUCCCUCCUCCCCGAGUUCUUCAAAUCUGAUCACCACCUCCCUCUUGAGUUAUCUCUCCACUUUCGCCGACGGCGACGCCCGAACGGCCCUCAACCUACUCGAACUCGCCAUGUCUCUAUCGACACGGCCGGGAAUGACCCUGCCCCGACUGAAACAGUCCCUCACGAAGACUUUGGUUUACGACCGGGCGGGAGACCAACACUACGACACCAUCAGCGCCUUCCACAAGUCGGUGAGGGGGUCCGACGCCGACGCCACGCUUUACUACCUCGCCCGGAUGCUCACCUCCGGCGAGGAUCCUUUGUACGUCGCCCGACGCAUGGUGGUGAUCGCGAGCGAGGACGUGGGCCUGGCCGACCCGAGGAUGCUGCCCUUGGCCACGGCGACCUACACUGCCGUGCAGACCAUAGGUAUGCCGGAGGCGAGGAUCAACCUGGCCCACUGCGCCGUGAGUCUCGCCCUCUCGCCGAAAUCCACCCGCGCGUACCGAGGGUUGGAAAACGCCAUGAGGGCGUUGCAGGAAGAGCCGGGCGUCGGCGGCCUACCCAUCCCCAUACACCUGCGGAAUGCGCCCACGAGACUCAUGAAGGAAUUGGGGUACGGCAAAGAAUACAAAUACAACCCGGACUACAAGGACGGCAAGGUCAAGCAGGACUAUCUGCCCGACCCCAUCAGAGGCAGGAGAUUUCUCGAAGAUUUGGAUUUGGGUACAAGGAUUGAUGAUGAGCUUGGUUGAACUUUUGGACUCGAAUUGGAUAGCCCUGGACCUGUAGGAAAGCAACGAUGACGAAUGUCGGUAACAAUAACAAUGACAACAAGAAUGUCCAAAAUCCAGAGCCAUGUGAUUGUCAACUAAUAAUAUACACCUUGUACACGUGCACCGUGUACCUACGACAUGUGAGUGUCUAUCCAGUCACUUUUACUGCACAUCGACCACACUCCCGAACCAGCCCUUCAAGGCCGUCGCCAAAACACCGGGUAGAUCCCUCACGUCCCUGACGACGAGGUAAUAAGGAAACGGGAAGUCCUCCAGGUAACGUUUCGUUCGCAACCUCAUUUCCACUUGUCCCCC